GCCACUUCCACACCGCUCAUCUUACCUCAUCCGAGGAGCAUGUUUUUGCCUCUCUUGUCGGGACCGCCAAUACGUCCGAAGACCUGGGGAAGCUCUAACAAGUCUCCCUACCAACCGGCUAUGAAUCGCAUCAUCGCAUGGCCCGUGAUCGCGAGCCGCCUAUCAUUCUCUUUCCGAGUCCCUUCUCUCUUCUCUUCUUUAGACAUCCGUUAACGCGCUCCCUGAAUCAUUUUUCCUGUCCUCCUUUCCCUUCUUCCUUUCCCAUGCGGACAAGUGCGACUUGGAACAGGAACAGUUAUGGACGACGCUGAGCUCAUGCUGGAACUGAACAGCAAUUACUCACUCAGCGCCAUCUCCUUCGCGAUCCUCUUCUACGACUACUUCCUCACGCUCCAGAGCGAGAUCGAGCGAUACUGGCCGCGGGCUCGGCACAGAUGGAGCUGGAACUGGGCGUCGAUCCUCUACUUCGCCAACCGCUACGGAACUCUGCUCGGCAACGUCCCUGUCGUCGUGCAUUACCUCUGGAGUGCUGAGCCCACGGCCCACAAGGAACAAGUGAGCGAUCCAUCUCAUUGCCAUUGUGGGUUCUGUCUCCUCACGCACAGGACGCAGAUAUGCCACCUACUGGAGAGCUACCACGAGUACUACAUCGUCGGCUCGCAGGUCAUCGUGGGAACGAUGCUUCUCCUGCGGACGUACGCGCUCUACGGCCAGAACCGAUGCGUGCUGGGGUUCCUCCUAUUGGUCGGGGCGGCUGUAGUCGUCUGCGGCGUGUACGGCACCGUCUUCCUCGGCAGCCCCGGCAGCCACGAAGCAAACAUCCCGCUCGAAUUCGGCUGCGACUAUCCCAUCAACCGCAAACAGGCCAACGGCGCGAUGUUCGCCUGGGCCGCCAUGGGCGUCUUCGACGUCGUCAUCUUCCUCCUGACGGUGUUCCGCGCGAUCCGGAUGCGGGCCCGCGGGGACCACAUGUGCUUGCUGACGCUGCUUCUUCGCGACGCUGACGGCGCGGCCCUCGCAGGCUCGAUAUACUUCGGGGUCAUGGUGCUACUCAAUCUGUCGAAUCUGCUGACAUAUGUUUACGCUCAGAAGUACACCCGCGGAGUAGCCACGACAUUCAUGAACAUAAUGUCCUCGGUCAUGAUCUCUCGUUUGAUGCUGAACAUCCGCGACCCUGCCUUGUCGUCUCCGAUUCUGGGCCACUCCGACACGCCGUGCGAUACCACAGAAAUAACGAGGGGUGCUAUGUUAUCCACGGUUCUGUCGGCAGAGGAGAGCGAAGGAACCGGUUCGGUUUGAUCGCUACAAUAGUCAUUCCUGUCAUUGCGUCACCUCAAUCAUUCACAAGCUCCCCAGUUCUGCCAAAACACAUUUGCCGGGUCUCUGGUUAUUGGGCCAGAUCAACCCAGAGGCAGAACAGUGACCAAGCCGAGAAAAGAUCGGAGCCUUUGCUGUUGUCCGGUCGACGCGUCGUGCACUGGUGCAUGGGGUGAAGUGAAGUUUGCGCAGAUCCUUACGUUUACGUAAGUAUCCGCUCGGACAUUCGGACUACUCGAUAUUCGGAGCCGCAGACUCGGCUCUCAUCACUGUCACGUCAUGUAAGGCCCCCAAAUGUAAUUGUGCGCGCUGAAAGAGUCAACGGGGGGAUUACCUCGGCGUGAGAUCACUUUCUUAUGAGUGCCCGUGGAACAAGCGUCAACGCGGCAGACAUCCAACGGCCGUCCAAGCUAUUGAGCUGUGGAAGAUAUCGGCGUGCAUUUACUGCAAUGGGCUGUGGGCAUCGUCCGCUCCUGUUGAGUAUGGAAAGAAGUCGGGAUAUGAGAAUACUGUAGAUUUGUUGAAAAUUAUAGAUGAAGACUGAACCAGGCUCAAGGGUAAGUAUGGAGGCCCGGAACUAUAUGCUGAUAGGCGGGCCUCCGUAUCAUUGAUAUUGUUUCGUAUGGAGGCCAGGAACUACAUGCUGAUAACCGAGACCAUUUGACAGUGAUCCGUGUUCGGCCAUCCAAGUCAAAUGUUCUGGACCCCGUACACCAUGGCUCUUCGCGCUACGGACCUGAAACUGUGC